AUGACUUGUGGUUUAAGACAGAAAGCAACCGAAAAACACUUCUUUAUAGAGGGUGAACAAGUCUACCCCGGAAGCCAUGCAGAUGCCAUUGGUAAACGAAAGACAAUGGAGGAUGCUGCAACAGUUGUUGGAGAAAUCUUCGGUCCGAAAACACAGUACUAUGGUGUAUUUGAUGGCCAUGGUGGUAAUGGUGUUUCAAUGUAUCUAGCUAAAGAAUUACACGGUGUUUUGAAGCAAAACUAUUCACCUGAUAUUCCGAUUGAAACAGUAAUCACAAAAUCGUUCCAAACAAUAAACGAAAAGAUGAUCGCAGACUUCCCUAAUACAGGAUCAACUGCUUCGAUUGCUUUAAUUAUUGGAGAUAAAAUAACAAUAGCAAAUGUUGGUGAUACAAGAAUACUCUUACUUGAUACAAAUAACAAAGUUACACGCUUAUCAGUGGAUCACAACAUUUCAAAUAAGGCAGAAGUUGAUUUAGUUAUCCAACGCGGCGGAACGAUCAUGAACGACAGAGUGAAUGGUGUAGUAUCAUUAACAAGAUCAUUCGGUGAUGGUUUACAGGCUUCUUCUAUUUCCUGUGAACCAAAUAUUGUUACAAUUGAUCGCCAUGAUAAUGAAAAAUUAAUUAUUGCUUGUGAUGGAGUCUUUGAAGUGUUAUCUGAUGAUGUUGUUGGUGAGACAUACAUGAAGAUGAAUGAUCCAUCUAAAUCAGCAAGAUUAAUCAAAGAUACUGCAAUCAAGAGAGGAUCUGGCGAUAACAUCACUGUUGUUUGCGUUAGUUUAACUCCCAAAUAA